UACUAUUCUCUCCCUCUCUCUCUUCUCUCCUUCGCGGCGAAGCGAGAGACUCACUUCAAUGGACUCUUCUCUGCUCUCGGCGGCUACGGCCGAUGCCUUCAACGGCAAUGCGGCGGAUCAGAUUCCUCCACCGUUACAGCCUCCGGGCACGGAUAUGACUGGUAUUUCCUUCAGGGAUCAGCUCUGGAUCAAUUCGUUUCCUCUUGAUCGUAACUACAUCUUCGAUUACUUCGCUUUGUCUCCCUUUUACGAUACAACCUGCAACAACGAGAAUCUUCGCAGAAGAUCCAUUCACCCUCUCGACCUCUCUCACCUCUCGAAGAUGACAGGACUAGAAUAUAUGCUAACUGAUGCUACUGAACCAAACCUGUUCGUCAUCCGUAAGCAAAAGAGGGAUGGUCCUGAGAAAGUCACACCCAUGCUAACAUAUUAUAUCUUGGAUGGUUCUAUAUACCAAGCUCCACAGCUUUGUAGUGUCUUUGCGGCUCGAGUUAGUCGGACUGUUUAUAAUAUAUCCAAGGCUUUCUCUGAUGUUGCAUCAAAACUGGAGACCAUUAGACAAGUUGAUACUGAAAACCAGAAGGAACCUUCUGAGUUGAAGCCUGCUAGUGAGACAGUGGAUCUGAAAGAAAUGAAGCGAGUUGAUACCAUUCUUACCUCAUUAUACCGCAAGUUAGCCCCAGCACCUCCACCUCCACCGUUUCCUGAAGGUUAUGUAAGCCAAGAAGCGUUAGGAGAAAAGGACGAGCUUGGAACACAAGGAGGAGAGUCACAACCGCCUCAAAUCGAUCCUAUUAUUGAUCAAGGUCCUGCUAAAAGAAUGAAGUUCUAAGCUUAUCAAGAUUGUUUUUUCUUCAUCUAUUCAUGUAAAUAGAAUUUUUGGGUAUCAGCAAAGAAUCUUCUCGUUUUAGUUUUGUAAUCUUAUCUUAUUUUGAACUCGUUACACAUUUCUUGAUCUGAUUACUUCUCAUAAACUUUCGCUAAACGAAAGUCAUCUCA